ACUCUUCGCGCAGCUGGAUCUGAACAAGGACGGACGGAUCGAUGUGAACGAGCUGCGCAUCGGACUCGCCGCGCGGGGGAUGUCGUGGAGCUCGGUGGAGGAGCAGAUUGUACGAGCUGGAGAUGUUAAUCAUGACGGUCAGCUGGAUUUUGAAGAGUUCACCGAGUAUCUGCGUUCACACGAGAAACGCCUCAGACUCAUGUUUCGCAGCUUGGACAGAAACAAUGACGGUGAACUGGACGUCGGGGAGAUCCAGCAGUCGUUGCACAACCUCGGUGUGGACGUCACGCUGGAGCAGGCCGCCAAAAUCUUGCAAAGCAUGGAUAAAGACCAUUCCAUGACCAUCGACUGGUUCGAGUGGCGAGAUCACUUCCUGUUUAACCCUCUGCACAACAUGGAGGAAAUCGCUCAGUUUUGGAAACACUCAGUGAUGUUGGACAUCGGAGAGCAUCUGACGAUUCCGGACGAGUUCUCGGAGAAGGAGAAGCAGUCAGGGUUCGUGUGGCGGCAGCUGAUGGCCGGAGCCGUGGCGGGAUCGGUGUCCAGGACAGGAACCGCGCCGCUCGACAGACUCAAGGUCUUUCUGCAGGUGCAUGGCCAGAGCUCUGAUAAGGGCACGGUGUGGCACGGUCUGCGUGCGAUGGUGAAGGAGGGUGGCCUCACUGCACUGUGGAGGGGGAACGGCAUCAACGUGCUGAAGAUCGCACCGGAGACAGCCAUCAAAUUCCUGGCCUAUGAACAGAUUAAACGCUUGAUGAGAGGCAGUAAAGAGGGAGGAACUCUGAAAGUUCAGGAGAGAUUCGUCGCUGGAUCACUGGCUGGAGCUACGGCUCAAACUGUCAUAUACCCUAUGGAGGUGCUGAAGACUCGUCUUACUCUUCGUAAAACAGGACAGUAUUCAGGUGCGGUGGACUGCGCCAAGCAGAUCCUGCAGAAGGAGGGCGUUCUGGCGUUUUAUAAAGGAUACCUGCCCAACGUGCUGGGCAUCAUCCCGUACGCUGGCAUAGACCUCGCCGUCUACGAGACGCUGAAGAACGCCUGGCUGCAGCGGCACACGGAGGGCUCGCCCGACCCGGGCGUCCUGGUGCUGGUGGGCUGCGGCACUGUGUCCAGCACCUGCGGACAGCUGGCGUCCUACCCGCUCGCCCUCAUCCGAACACGCAUGCAGGCGCAGGCGUCAGUGAAGGGUGCUCCUCAGUUGUCCAUGUUGACCCUGUUCAGGAGUAUCGUGGCCCAGGACGGUGUGGUGGGUCUCUAUCGAGGCAUCGCGCCUAACUUCCUCAAGGUCAUCCCGGCGGUCAGCAUCUCCUACGUCGUCUACGAGCACAUGAGGGCCCUGAUAUUCAGGUAUACAGGGUAAAGAAAAGUAUCGAGGAAUGCAAGGCAGAAGUUGCCAGAGCAGUUUUUAAGUGUACUGUAUAGGAUAUUAACAGAAGUUAUUUGAAGUACUCUGUACUUUGUACUUUCAGUGUGUAGUGUAGGUGUCUGAAUUGGGACGCAGCCUUGGAGUUCAGUUUAUAUAGCUGUUAUCCUCAAUGCAUGAAGGACUGUAAGCUACGGUUUGGAGCAGAAAGCCUUAUGGGUGUCUGUUUUUUGUGAUUUUUGACUCAUAGAACAAUAAGACCAAACAAAAAAAGACUUUCUCACUUCUAGGUCAAUGCUCUGUGUUUUAUCAUUGACUGUGUUAAUAUAUUCAUAUAAUAUAUUCAGAUCUGUAUGUGUUACAAUAAAAUAAAGAUUCCCACACGUAAUCUGCACCCACAGGUUUCCUUAGAAUUCACGCAUUAUUUGUUUACAAAAUUCUAAAAGUUCAAGUCUCAAAAUUAGAUUUUUGUUUCUUUUAGGCUGUCCAUUAGCACAUCCAUAUGCUACUGCACUACUAAAUUUUCACAACACAAACUUUUAGCAAAUAUAUAUAUGCAUUUAAAUGCUCCAGUCUUUAUCUUCUGGGAAAAUGGAUCAAAAAUAAUGAUGACAUCAUCCUGCACUCACGGAGUGUAUCCAAUCAAGUGCUCUCAAGAACGACAAUGUCCCUCCCACUUAUUCAGCUGUGACAGUCCCUGGCUAUUUAAAAAAUAGUUAUUCACUAAACUAAUUAUGCUAUCUGCUUCCAAUAAAAGCUAAAUAUUUGCCAUGUUUACAUCCAUUCUGCAAAAUAUACCCACAAUUAGUGGGAAGUGUGAAAAAAAAAGUUUUCAUAUUUCGUUUGGUUUUGUAUGCAUACAUUAUUCUUGUUCUUAUUUUGAUGUUAACGAAAAAUCAUGUAUGGUCAUAAUAUAUUUUUGCUGUCCUUCCGUGUGUUUUUCUUUGAAAGGAAACUAAAGUCUAUUACUGAAAGCAUGUAUGAGAAUGUAUGUAAAUUCAAUUAAACAGUUCAGAGUC